ACACGAAACAUGAAAAGACGCGCGAAAAGUCACUUAGGCGCAGAUUCUCGCUUGUUGAUUUUAUUUAUGAGGAGAAAUAAUAGGAAAGUAAGGUAGAAAAAAAUAAGACUCGGUUGAGCGGAAAUGAGGAUUUUUACUCUCAAUUUGAGAGGGGAAAGUCUCGCGACAUAAAACCCCUCUCGACAAAACGUACAAAUUGUUAUCGAGAGUUCGCGUGUUUUAUGUCGUGUGUUCGCUAAGGUCUUUGAUGGAAGGGUGUCCGCGAGAAGCCGUUCGCGACCCGUGCGCGGAACCCAGAGUCAAGCAGAUGAUAUAUAUAUAUAUAUAUAUAUAUAUAUAUAUAUAAAGCACUGCACCAAAUUGUCACGGAUACGGAGGCUAUUUGAAUACGGUCGGACGGGCGUAAGCGUUUCGAUUCAAGAUUUUGCCAUAGCUGUGCCUGCUCGAUUGCGACGGACUCGAUGCUGCGCGACACGAGGCCGGCAGCGCUACCUGUGUGCGCAGCAAGUCAAGAUCCCUACUCAUUCCCAUCAAGCACCGGAGAUGUCGCCACAUGCUCAAUGUCGAGCCUCCUGGAGCUAACUUCGACACCGUCACCUCGGCGGAACUUUGUCCUUGGAAACACGACAGAACAAAACAAUAACCAUAUAUUAUUGAAUAUAAGCAAACAUCAAAUACUGACAAUGUAGUUUUGCAUGUUCUUUUCCAAUUCAUUACUUUAGAUGAAGAGUUUCCAUGCAUAAUAAAUUAUUGUUAGUACAUUAUUUUAUUCUUAAAAUUGAAAAAAGAUUGGAAUAAGCUACAAACAAAUUCGGUUCGAGAAUAACAAUUUGUUCUAACAUUUUUCAAAGAAUUGACUGUCGUAGCUUUAAUAAUAUUUAAUAAAUACAAAAAUAUUGUACACCUAAUUCCAAUAAUUCUUAAUUGAAGAUCUUUCUUGAUUGAUCGAUUCUUAACUUCGUAUGAUAAACGAUCUCUAUAUUUUUAGCUUCCCAGUUUGAUUUUCUUAUCCAAUAUGAAUCUUUCCAAAUGUCAAUACGAAAAUUUCUUUCACAGAAUUCCAGGUAAAAUAUUAGUUCAUGUUCAGAAUCGCACCAGCUGUAGUAAAUCAUUCUCGAUAUAACCGAGAGUAUGAGCACAUAAAUAGUAUAAAAGGUGAAAGAAGAAUGUUGGAUCUCAGUCUCAAUCUGACUAGCGUCUACUGGAAAAAUGAACCGAUUCGUAUACAUCGCCCUUUUCGCACUGGUAAUCCAUCAAGCGAGUGCCGAGGACGUUGUGCCCCAGAUCAAAGUAAAGCGCGUACAUAUCUGGAACGUCAAUCCUUACUAUGUUGGCCAGCUCUCGUAUCAUAUCACCAAGCACAACGCUACUUAUAACAACAUCGGAAUCUACUGGGUCAACGCCAAGGCUUGGCCUGCUGACGUUGUCACAUCUAGCAGAGUCUACGUGACCGACUCUGAAUACAAGAACGCUCGUCUCCUACUGGAGGCCCAUACGCCGAUCUGCAAAGAAAGCCCGAAUCGCGAGCUUCUGCCCAAGGUCGUGGUAUUCGACAAGUCUCAACUUCAUGGCAAGUGCGUCAAGAGCGGAAUUUACAACACGGUCGACUUAGGCUACUUUAGAUUUGAGGUCCUUGUCCCCAACAUUCAUGAAAUCAGCGACUACCACUAUGUUGAUUACAAGGUUCACGACGGGAAAGAUACCAUUGUUGAGGUCACUUUCUACUCUGAGUGGGGAUACCUUAACAAUUAAUGAUAAUAUAAAUUAUUUUUUUUAAGCUACAUGUAUAAUGAUAUAAUAAAGCCUUCGCAUUGAAAAAAUAUUCGUUUACUUUAGG